UCCCACAAACACUACACCUAGCACUAAUCCGAGUGUAUCCGUCAGCAAUGGCGAGAGAUCUCUUGGCGUCGGCCAGCCGUGCGUCGGCGGCACUCUCAGGCAUCAUGCCACCCUGGCUCACGGCCAUCUUCUCGGUUGCUGCCUCUAUCUGCAUCGUCACCCUCGCCGUCUUCCUCUGCGGCCGCAGCUCGCACAGCGUCGACCACGACGGCAUCCCCAAGAAGAAGCCCGCGGCAGCCAAGGCCGCGAAGCCCGUUGCAGCCAAGGCUGCGAAGCCAGCUGCAGCCAAGGCCGUGAAGCCCGCGAAGGCGAGCAGGGCGGCGAGUUUCGGGACCACGGACGUGUCUGGAGCUGCGUACCUCGCUGGUGUUACUGCCGGUCUAGGCAGCAGCGGCUGCGGUGGUGGCGGAGGCGGAGGCGGCGGCUGCGGUGGUGGCGGAGGCGGAGGCGGCGGCUGCGGUGGUGGUGGCGGCGGAGGUGGCUGCUGAUGUGGAGAUGGCGGUGGCUGUGACGACGGCCGAAGUUGCUGAUGACGGAGUUUGUGUAGUGAUCUCGUCGACUCGUCCUAUGGUUUCCAUCAUGGAGUGUUCUGUGUUCUUAGCCGCAUACUUGUGUUCCGACUUCCAAGUACUAGCUACUCCGUAGUUCGUUAAUUAGUCUGUCUUUUAUUCUGUUUGAGUGUUCGUAGUGAUGUCAACUCCUGGUUUUCUGCGUGUAAUGGUGGCGUUGUCAGUUGUGCUUGGAUAUGCUUUUUUUUCCUUCAGAAAUGUGGAUGUCCUCUUUCAUGUU